AUGUUCUGGUGGCUCUACUAUGCAAAUAACCCAACCAAAGACUUCACAGAACUACCUCUCAUCUUGUGGCUCCAGGUAAGGUUUGGAGCUUCAGGCUCUGGAUUUGGGAACUUUGAAGAGAUUGGCCCAUUAGACAAAGAAAUGAAACCAAGAAACACAACCUGGUUGCAGGCAGCCAGUAUCUUGUUUGUGGAUAAUCCCGUGGGUGCUGGAUUCAGUUACGUGGAUGAUUGUAGCUUGUUUGCCAAAAACCUUACUGCAGUAGUUUCUGAUAUGAUGGUUUUUCUUGGAGAAUUCUUCAGAUGUAGAACAGAAUUCCAGACCAUCCCAUUCUACAUAUUUUCUGAAUCUUACGGAGGUAAAAUGGCUGCUGGCAUUGCUUUAGCUCUGCAUGAGGCUGUUCAAAAAGGGACCAUAAAGAGCAAUUUUAUGGGGACUGCUCUUGGAGACUCAUGGAUUUCUCCUUUGGACUCUGUGCUGUCUUGGGGGCCCUACCUUUACAGCACUUCUCUCCUUGAUGAUAAUGGUCUAGCAGAGGUGACUGCUGUUGCCAAAGAAAUAACGGAUGCAAUAAAUAAAAAUCAAUAUGAGCUGGCCACUGAGCUCUGGGACAAGGCUGAAGGUGUCAUUGAAGAGAACACAGACAAUGUGAACUUUUAUAACAUCAUGACUAAGGAGGUUCCAGAAAUUAAAUCAAAUGAACAAGAUAAUCUCCAUCUCAUGUGUCUCUCUUUUUCUAUAGGACUUUACCAACGCCAUGUGAAAAAUAUGCAUAAGGACAGCCUGAAUGAAUUCAUGAAUGGACCCAUCAGAAAGAAGCUAAAAAUUAUUCCUGACUGUGUGAAAUGGGGAGGUCAGUCCAGAAAUGUCUUUGAGAACAUGGCUGAGGACUUCAUGAAACCUGUCAUUGAUAUUGUUGAUCAGCUUUUGGCAGCCAACAUCAAUGUUACAGUCUAUAACGGGCAGCUGGAUCUCAUUGUUGCCACCAUAGGCCAGGAGGCGUGGAUCCGGAAACUGAAAUGGCCUAAUUUGGACCAGUUCAACCAGCAAAGGUGGAAGGCGCUCUAUGUGUCUCCAGAAUCCACUGAGACAGCUGCUUUCCACAAAGCCUAUGAGAAUUUUGCUUUCUUCUGGAUUCUUAAGGCUGGGCACAUGGUACCGUCUGAUCAAGGAGAGAUGGCACUGAAAAUGGUCAGGAUGGUGACCCAACAGCAGCACUAGGGAGGGGGAGGCCAGCUGCUAUGGCUUCCUGACGAAUGACAGUGCUCUUGCAGAACGUGAGUCCAAAAUAAGCUGCAGGAGGAACAGUGGCUGUUUGGACACAUAGCCUCUCUGAUCUUGCUGAUAAUGUGUGCAAGCACUUAUGGAAAGGCAUUUUUUUCCUUGAAUGAGUUUUUGCUUUUGAAUUU